UAACUUAUUAUGGAGUACAAUUUAAUUUGGGGAUUAAAAUAGAAAUUGAGUGGAGUAGAAAUACCCAAAAUCAGUGGUACUUCGUGGUAUUACUCUGUUCCUCUUUGCGUGGUUUGGGCAUGCUUUGUUCAGACGUUAGGUUAGCGAUCAAAGUUUUAGUCCAUUUGUGCUUCUUCUUCGAACCAAAGAGGAUGACGAUGAGCGUAGAAGGCUUGCGGGACUCGCUUUCAUGUUUUCCACCAGCAUCCUGCUACAGAUCCUGGCUUGUGUAUUAUACAACAAUUGGUGGCCAAUGUUAUCAGCUCUUAUGUAUGUGCUGGUGCCCAUGCCUUGUAUGUUCUUUGGUGGUGGAUCCACUCAAAUCUUAAUGAGCCGAGAUGGUGAUGGCUGGAUUAAAGCUGCAAAAUUUUUAACGGGGGCAUCUGCAGUAGGGAGCAUUGCCAUCCCCAUUAUACUGAAACAUGCGGCUUUGAUAGGGACAGGGGCGAUGUUCAUAGAGUUCACAUCAUUUUUCAUAUUCGUCUGCAGUGUCUUGUGUUUUCAUCACGCCAGUCUGGACGAUGGUUGGUGAUUGCAUUUGUUGCCAUUUUGUAGCAUAAUGAUGUAAUACAGAAUCUUCUGCAACUGUGUAUAAAGAUUUUACUGCCCCUGUAUGUUCUUCUAUCUUUCCAAUAAGUUUAGUUCACUUUGUAUAAAGAUUUUACUGCCCUUGUAUGUUCUUCUAUCUUUGCCAUAAGUUUAGUUCUUGUCUUCUAGAUUCUCUUUUCUUUCCUUUACUGAUUGAUUUCAGAAUGUUUUCGAUAUCCU